CCCUUAGGCUCUACAACAAUAGUUGAGUUCAUUUCGAGAAUAGUUCCGCUGCAUAACUUACAUGUGUGUAACCUUGCAUAACCCCCACUUACCAUUUAUGGAAAACAAUUAACUGUUUUCUCGAUUUAGUUUAACAUGUUAUAUCUCUUUCAUUUUAGGUCGUAAUUGAUUUUUUCCAAAGGAAAAUCAAAUGCAUUGUGCUCUUUGAAAUGACAUACACUUUGACAUAUUUUGGAACAAAAAAAAUCAAGAUAUUUAUUACCAAUAUAGACCAUGUGGUGAUGCUUGAUAGUUCAUAAGAUUAUACCGUGUGUUAUGUAAGUGCAUCAUGGUGGUACGAAUAUACAAGAGUGUAGAAUGAUUAUAUACACGAUAGUAGGAAUAUAUUAAUGACCAUUUAACACUUUUGAUCACCGUUUACCACCAGUUAUCACACUAUUCCAUGAUGGUAUAUAGUGGUAUAUUUGGUCCUGAAAUUUUAUUUUCAAUAAAAUUGUAGAUCCAAUAUAUCACGAUACAUUUAAUUUGUUCCUAAUGGGUAAAAAAUUUAAGCAAUUCAAGUUUAAAAUGAAGGUGGUACCAGGUGGUACUAGAGUUGUAACAAGUAGUACAGGUUGUACAAAACAAAUCUUCAAAAUAUAUUAAAAAUUGAUAUAAUUUUGUAGAUCACAACCAACCUGUUUCGUAUGUGCAAAUUUUUUGCAAUCCAAGUUAAACAUAGAAGAUAAAAGCUAAUUAAAAAAGAAGGGAAAAUAAAUUAAUCCUUUAAUCGCACCCCUUAGAUUUGGAUACACUUAAAAUUAAAGGGCCAUAUCUAAUUAUGCAAGGGUUAUACACGCUAUCUUGGACCGUUGGUUUCUUUUCAUGCAUUGAUAGUUUCUAAAUUUGGUGAUUGGUGUUGUUUAUCUUUUGUGUGAGUUUUAGACUAACAAAUCAUUAGGACAAUACUCAAAAGAAAAACGUAUAUUCGAGUCUCUCUAAGUAAUUUGUAAGUAUCGUUUUUUUUUUUUGUUUAGUUGGUUUGAACUAUUGCCUUCUCUGGAAAAUGAGCAAACAGAAAGCUUUACCAAUGAUGUAGUUUCUCGCUCUUUUAGCAUUAAAAUAUUUCCAAUAAGGAAAGGGCAUUGCAAUGUGACUAAUUGUUUGAUAAUGAAAACUUAAGUAUUUUUUUAAAAUUAACGAUAAAACAAUGAACCGGCCAUCGGGCCGGGCACAUAUACUAGUACUACAUAAGAGGCAUUUACUGUCUUGUUAAACACCUUUGAGUCAUUAGUGAGAAUUUAGGUUGUCCCUUAGAGCAUCUCCAAUGGUACGUGCCAUCUACAUGCAAUUUCAAGACUGGUCCCUACUGCUACUUCAUCAACUUUAACAAUUAUCUCACUCAUUUCCAUACCACCUACAUCAAUGCAAUUCACAUGCAAUUGCAAUUGGGAGCGGAUUUGGUCUAAUUAUGAAAGGUAUGGUAACAAGAGCUCUCAAAAGAAAAGGGGAAAACAAGCUAUGGCAAAUCGAUGGGGCAGGUUGAACCAAGCGGUAUCAAAGUCCGUCGACUGCUACGAACAAAUCCAACAUAGAAAGGAAAGUGCUAUAAACGAGGGAUAUAAGAAGAACAGGGAAAAGCAACUAUAUCUUGAGAAUAUAGGUAAAGAUUUUGCUUUUAUGCAUGUUUGGGUUGUCAUAAAGGAUGAAGAGAAAUGGAGCAGUCAAAGUGAGAGGGCUAAACCUCUAGACUGUGAUGAAGAUAGAGGAGGAUCAAAGAGGACUAAAAAUACCGCUUCUGGUCAAUACACCUCAUCAUCGUCAAAUACAACCAUGCCAUCCAGGGGAGAGCCAAAGACUGUGUUCUCAUCCUCGUCCCCCAGGUAGAAAAGCCUCCAAGGAUAAAGGUAAAAAAACAUAAAUCUAUGUCAUCUGAUCAUCAGAAAAUAUGCAGUUAUUACAACGACAAGUCGAUAUUGAAAUGAAAAAGGUAGAAGCGAUGAGGAAAUUUUCAACCAUCAUGGAGGCUGAUUUGAAGUAAAAAGAACAAUGUCGGAAAGAUAAAUUGAUAGUGAAGUUGUUGGCUAUGGAACCAACAACAAUGACAGAAACUCAAAGGAAACAAUAUAAAAUGCAGCUGAAUGAGCUACUAUGUGAUACAUAGUUUCUCAUUGUUCUUUCGAGGGUUUGUGUUUUCCUAUGUGAGUUUUCAUUGUGAUCUAUAUCUAAAUGUUUAACAUUUUGUAUCUUUUUUAAUUUAUGAGUGUGUUUAAUUAAUUAGUUGUCUAAAUGUGCUUAAUAUGUUUUUAAUCUGUACAACACACCACGUAUAUUGCAAAAUAAUAAAAUGAAUGAAUGAUGAAAAAAGAAAUGAUAUGAUAAUGUUUUUUGUUAUGAAAUGGAUGGAAGAAACGAUUGCACGUGGCCCAAAAGAAAAAGAAUGGUUGGAAAAGAAGAAAGAAAAAGAAAAGGUCCCACAUUUGCAUGUAUAAUUGCACAAAGUGCAAACUUUCAACAUUUGAAAGUGGUCUUCCACCAAUGCAAUUGCCUUUUUCAAUUGCAAGUGUUUGCCAUCUCAACAUGCAAAUGGAAAUAAUUACACCAAUGCAUAUGCUCUUAGACCAUCCACAUCCACGAAAUACAAUUUUUAUUUCAUAUGUUGCCCCUACUGCCACAUCAACAACUUUUUUUUAUUUCAUUAUAUAUCACUUUCAUAGUGUGAGCCCAAGUGAUUUUUUAAUAUAACUAUACAUUUUAUCUGAUCUAUAUUAUUUUACAAUUUAAGAUGUAUCACAUAUUUAAAAUAAUAUAUUGUAUUCUUCUAAUUAUCCAUAAUAAAUUAAAUUUAUUAAUUCACUAAAAGAUAUAUUAUUUGUGUUUAAUGACUUUUUUAUUAAGUAUCAUUCAUUUGCUAUGUAAUUUUUAUUUGGAUGCAGGUGUGACAUCUUUAUAUUUAUAUAAGUGUAUGUGAACUUUAUUUUUGUAUUACACAUUAAGUAUUUACAAAAUUAAUUAAUCAAAAGGUAAUGAAUUUUUCUAAUCUAAUAAGUUUGUUAUCUUAACUUGUAAUUGAAAAAUAAAAAUUCAAUAUCUUCCAACCCACACACCAAUGUAAAUGAAAAGAGAGAAAAAAAAAACAUAAAGUGGAGAUGGGGCCCACAAACCAUUUCAUUCACUUUUCCAAUGAAGUGGAAUAGGAGCUGCAACCAUGGAAUGAGAAAUGGAAGCGUCCUGUUUAGGGGUGGGCAUUGGUGCGGUCCAAACCGCACCGCCCGCUCCAAAUCACUUGUGCGGUCGGUCCAAACCGCACCAUUAAGGUUGCGGUCUCAUUUGCGAUCUAAUAAUUAAGCGGUUUGCGAUAC